AUGGCAAAUGAUGCAUGGUUCCAACUGUUUCCACAUCCCAAGGUGGAGAACUUAGUUGCACCUGCUUCAAAUAAUUAUCCUAUCUGUUUGUAUCAUGAACCCGCACAUAAUGUUAUGACUCCUCGCCGUCACCGUCACUUUAAAUUUGAGAAUGUAUGGUUGAUAGAGCCUAAAGUUGAAGAACUCAUUCAAACAUCUUGGCUAGUUGGGCGCGAUAUUAGUAUACUAUCUAAGCUAAAUAACUGUGAUGUGAACAUUAUGCAUUGGAACAAGACGAAUGGAGAUAAAAGAAGAAAAGAGAUUGAGAAAUGUAAACAAAAGCUUGCUAGAACCCGGACACUAGCUAGUUCAGAAAAUUUAAAUUAUUUUUUAGCUCUUCGAAAACGUUUGGUUUAUCUUUUGGUGCAGGAUGAAAUCUUUUGGAGCCAACGUGCAAAAUCGUUUUGGUUAUAA